AAUCGCAACAAUGGCUGACGAGCAACCCGCAUCCCAGCCACCGGCUGCUGAGGCCAAGGACCUCCAUACCGAUCCUGUAACCGGCGAGAAGAUCUCUAAGAGUGAACUCAAGCGCCGCCAGAAGCAGCGCGAGAAGGACGAGAAGAAGAAGGAGAAGGAAGCGUCACUACCCGCGCGGCCCAAGAAGGAGAAGAAGGACGAUGUCGAAGAACUUAACCCAAACCAAUACUUUGAAAUUCGCUCCAACAAGAUCAACGCGCUCCGAGCCUCCAAGCAACCUAACCCCUACCCACACAAGUUCCACGUCAACUACAAGCUCGCCGACUUUGUACGCGACUACUCGCAUCUCAAGAAGGGAGAGACAGAGCCGGAGAAGGAGAUUCGCAUCGGUCUUCGCGUCAUCACACAGCGAUCCGCCUCCAAUGCGCUCCACUUCUAUGUUUGCAAGGCAGAGGGCGUCAGCAUUCAGGUCAUGUGCCAAUUGCAGGAGUCCAAGGCCGAUGUACCCUUUGAGAAGCAACACGAGAACAUCCAGCGUGGUGAUAUCAUUGGUGUCAUUGGCUUCCCCGGUCGAACUGCCCCCAAGAAGGGUGGUGAGGGUGAGCUGAGUAUUUUUGCGCGCGAAGUCAUCCUUCUUACGCCAUGCUUGAGGAUGUUGCCGACAGAGCACUUUGGUUACAAGGACCAGGAGCAACGUCACCGCAACCGGUUCCUCGACCUCAUCAUGAACGACUCUACCCGCAACACUUUCAUUACCCGUACCAAGAUCGUCAAGGCCAUUCGCAAGUACCUCGAUGACCGGGACUUCCUCGAGGUUCAGACACCCAUGAUGAACAAGAUCGCUGGAGGUGCUACAGCACGGCCGUUCAAGACAUACCACAACGAGCUGGACAUGGAGCUCUACAUGCGUAUUGCACCAGAGCUGUACCUCAAGGAACUUGUCGUCGGAGGUCUGGAGAGGGUCUACGAAAUUGGUCGCCAAUUCAGAAACGAGGGUAUCGAUCUCACACACAACCCCGAGUUCACCACUUGCGAGUUCUAUAUGGCAUACGCCGACUACAACGAUGUCCUGAACAUGACCGAGGAGCUCGUCAGUGAGUUGGUCAAGGAGGUCACAGGUAGCUACGAGACCGUCUACCACACUCAGAGCGGCGAAGUAUACAACGUCAACUGGGCCAGGCCAUGGAGGCGAGUCGAGAUGAUACCCGCAUUGGAGGAGGCAACUGGCGAGAAGUGGCCACCAGCGACUGAAUUACACACUGAGGAAACCAACAAGUUCCUCAAGAACGUGCUCAAGAAGGUCAACGUCGACUGCUCAGAACCCCGCACCAACGCAAGAAUGAUCGAUAAGCUGGUCGGCGAGUUCAUCGAAGAGACUGCCAUCAACCCUACCUUCAUCAUCGGUCACCCAGAGGUCAUGUCACCACUUGCCAAGUACCACCGCGAUAUCCCAGGUCUCUGCGAGCGUUUCGAGGCAUUCGUGUGCAAGAAGGAGAUUUGCAACGCGUAUACUGAGUUGAACGACCCCUUUGACCAGCGUCUGCGAUUUGAGGAGCAAGCAAACCAGAAGGCGGCAGGUGACGACGAAGCACAGCUCAUUGACGAGACCUUCUGCCAGUCACUCGAGUACGGUCUGCCACCAACCGGUGGUUGGGGUAUGGGUAUCGACCGACUGGUCAUGUUCUUGACCGACCACUACACCAUCAAGGAAGUUCUCACUUUCCCCUUCAUGAAGGAUAUUGUCGAAGACAAGAAGCCCGCGGCGGAGGUCGUCGACGUCGCGCCUAAGCCCACAGAAGGCAUUCCCCACAAAUAGUUUUAGCAUAUCAUCACUGGCGUCAUCGGUAGGAAUUGAUCAGGGCAGGAAGUAAAGAAGGUUAUGCUUCAUGAGUAACGCAAAACAAAAAAUGAUCAUCUGAUCACGUUAUGAGAUACAGUAUUCAUUGUUCGUGUAGAAAUUUACCUCAAAUCGAUCUUCCAAGUUCAAGUUUUA